AUGCCUCAGGCAACCGCAAACCGGUGCACGAGCUGGGGCGCAACCAGCAGCGGCAGGAAUGGAAGUUCCCCGACCCCCCCCCAAACCACCGAGGCCACCUGCAACCUGUGGUGCGUGUACGUGCAUGAGACGGUGCUGAGCAUCCCCCGGGGCCGUGCCAACAUCGCCCUGUGGCCCCCGGUGCGGGAGAAGAGAGUCUGCAUCUACCUGAGCAAGGGCCCCAACGUGAAGAACUGGAAUGCGUGGACAGCGCUGGAGACCUACCUGCAGCUCCAGGAGGCCUUUGGGUGGGAGCCUUUUAUCCACCUCUUCACCGAGUACCGCAACCAGACCAACCUGCCCACAGACAACGUUGACAAAAUGAACCUGUGGGUGAAGAUGUUCUCUCACCAAGUGCAGAAGAACCUGGCACCGUUCUUUGAGGCCUGGGCCUGGUCCAUCCAGAAGGAAGUGGCAACCAGCCUGGCCUACCUACCCGAGUGGAAGGAAAAUAUAAUGAAACUGUACCUCCUCACACAGAUGCCCCACUGAAAUUGAAGUCAAGACACGAAAAAGCCAACUGACACCUCUCAGCCAAGCAAACAGAGAAGAUUUGGUUCUAAGCGAAGAAGAACUCAACCCAGGCCAGCCGGAGCAGGAUAGUGGACACGCGGGAAAGCAUCUUCCAGGCAGGACAUAAGCUGAUCCGAAUCACACGACCCCCAAGAGACCUGGGCACGCGAAGAGGCUUAUCUG